AUGGUUGAUGUUAACGAAAAUUUGAAAAAACCUUUAUCGAGGAAGGAAAGAAGGAAAAUAUUAAAAAAAAAAAAAAUCCAUGAAAAGAGUAAAAAAGAUAUGGUAGAAGCCAAAUCGAAUAUAGAGAGUAUCUUCAGUACCGUCAUAAAUGUUAAAGAUAAAGAAAAUAGUUGUAAGAAAGUUAAAGAGGAUGGGGAAAUUAAAAAAAAAAAUAAUAAUAAUAAUAGUUUAGAAGGAAAAAAGCACGUUACCAGGAUAAAAAAGAAUAAUGAAAAAAGUAAAGAAGUGUUAAAACAGAAGGCGAUAGAACGACUACGUACUCCUGAUGGUUUGCCCAUUUACUCAAUGGAAGAGCUUAAGAUGGCAGAGGAGGAUACACAAAAGAUUGCCCAUUCGACUGUAACUGUUGUUUUUAAAAUUUUUGAUUGGAAAAGAGAAUUUUAA